AAUCUCAUAAUAAAAAUGGUCAUCUGGAACAAACAGAAUCUUCGUUCACUACCAAAGCAUUUCGUGAUGCAGGAGUUCAGACUGAUCCAAUUGAUUUAACAUCACUUGAGCAGUAUUUAAAUAAUAUUGAUCCUUCAAUAAUGGACAUUUUACGCAAGAAAUUGUUUUCAGUUGGUGUUGGGCCGAUGAAACCAUCUAGUGAAAAGGUUGAAAAGGUUGAAUCACAAUGGCCGCAAAUGCCUUCUAAUACAUGGGGUACAGUUAAAGAAAAGUCUAUAAAUGAAAGUGCUCAAAAAAAUGCAAGUUCGUGGGAACAAUCCAAUGAGGGUGUCGAGUCACAAUGGCCUCUGAAUAAACCAUCGCAAACAAAUUCUAAUACAUGGGGCGUACUUCCAGAAAAAUCUUUAAAUGAUACAGUACAAAAUAAUGUAAGUUCGUGGAGUGUACCGGUGAAACCACCUAAUGAGAAUCUUGAAUCUCAAUGGAAAGUUCCUUUAAAUGAACCAUCACAAAUAAAAUCUAAUACAUAUGAAACAUGGGGUGCUACUACAGAAAAACCUUUAAAUGAGAGUGCACAAAAAAAUGCAAAUUCGUGGAGUGUACCAGUGAAACCACUUAAUGAGAAUGUUGAACCUCAAUGGAAAGCUCCUUUAAAUGAGCCAUCGCAAGCUAUAUCUGAUACAUGGGGCGCACCAAAAAAACCCUUAACUGAGACAACGCAAAAGAAUGCAAAUUCGUGGGGUGAACCGGUGAAACCACCUAAUGAAAAUGAACCUCAAUGGAAAGCUCCUUUAAAUGAGCCAUCGCAAACCCCAUCUAAUACAUGGGGCGCACCUCCAAAAAAAUCUUUAAAUGAGACAAUGCAAAAGAGUGCAAAUUCGUGGGGUGAACCGGUGAAACCACCUAAUGAAAAUGAAUGGAAAGCUCCUUUAAAUGAGCCAUUGCAAACCCCACCUAAUACAUGGGGCGCACCAAAAAAACCUUUAACUGAGACAACGCAAAAGAAUGCAAAUUCGUGGGGUGAACCGGUGAAACCACCUAAUGAAAAUGAACCUCAAUGGAAAGCUCCUUUAAAUGAGCCAUCGCAAACCCCAUCUAAUACAUGGGGCGCACCUCCAAAAAAAUCUUUAAAUGAGACAAUGCAAAAGAGUGCAAAUUCGUGGGGUGAACCGGUGAAACCACCUAAUGAAAAUGAAUGGAAAGCUCCUUUAAAUGAGCCAUUGCAAACCCCACCUAAUACAUGGGGCGCACCAAAAAAACCUUUAACUGAGACAACGCAAAAGAAUGCAAAUUCGUGGAGUGAACCGGUGAAACCACCUAAUGAAAAUGAACCUCAAUGGAAAGUUCCUUUAA